AUGAGAGACCUCCUCGGCAUCCUCAAAGACAAAGCAUCACUAAUCAAAGCAACUCUCUCAAUCAAACCCAUCACCGUCGCAGUCCUCCGCGCCACCACCCACUCCCCCUCUUCUCCUCCUCCCGACCACCGCAUCGCCGCCUUGCUCUCCCUCGGCAACGACACUCGCCCCACCGCCUGCGCCACCGUCGCCGCCGUCAUGGACCGCCUCCACUCCACCCCCGACACCUUCGUCGCCCUCAAAUGUCUCAUCACUCUCCACCACAUCAUCUCCCAAGGCUCCUUCAUCCUUAAAGACCAGCUCUCCUUCUACCCCUCCUCCGGCGGCCGCAAUUUCCUCAACCUCUCGGUUUUCCGCGACGGCCGUGAUGUCGAAACCUGGGAGUUGUCGAACUGGGUUCGAUGGUACGCUGGUGUUUUGGAACGUAAUUUAAUCACUUCUCGGGUUUUGGGUGUUUAUAUAUCUGAUCCUUCUUCGACGAAAGUCACUGUAACAACAACGUUGCUGAACUCGGAUUUGAUCAGAGAUGUUGAUGUUUUGGUGGGUUUGGUUGAGGAAAUAUGUAGAGCUCCAGAUUCGUUGCAUUUUCAACAGUACGAUUUGGUGUACGAGGUCGUCAAUUUGGUCGGCGAAGAUUACAGGUCGACUCAGCAACAGAUUGUGAUUAGACUCGGUGAGUGCGGGGAGAGGAUUGGUGGGUUGAGUUCUGCUGAGUUGGUCGAGUUGACUCGGUGUUUGAAGAGAUUGGAGGAGUGUAGAGAGAGAUUGGUAGUGGUGUUUGUGAAUAGGAAACGAAACGAUGCGUUUUGGGAUUUGGUGGGAGAGACGAAGGUGAAGGCUGAUAGGGUGGUGGAGGAGGAGAGAGAAAGGGAGAGGUGGCUGGUGAGGUUGGGGGGACCGAGGAGAGAGGAGGGGAGUGAGUCGACUCGGGGUGGAGAACGAGUUUUGAGACCGAGUCAGUUGUUAAUGUUGCCAUAUGGAGGAGAAUGGCUUGGCUUGGACCGGGUCCAAAGAACCGUUCCCUCCGCAAUGGCAUGA